CACUCCCAGUCGGAAAGAGACCGCCCUGCAAUCUAGACGUGAUCAGCAGCCCAUCAAUAAAUGAAAUACAAUAAAAUACAAUAGAGAUAUACUCGCGGUGUUCUCGGUUCGACAAACAACAAGCAAACGACCAAUCGACAAAUACAAUUUUUUAGAAGAUUAAUUCCGAGCAUCGGCGAUCUACAUACAUAUACAAGCGGGUCAGGAGGUCUAGCAGAUAGGCGGAGGCGGAGGAGAAGCAGCUCCAGCUCCAGCUCCAGCUCCAGCUUCAGCUCCAGUUCUCCAUAUCCCAGUCUUAAAGAUUCGAUACGAUCGAUCGAUCGAACCUAACCAAACCGAUCCGAUCCGAUCCGAUCUUGAAGCGUUUUUGUGCGCGUGUGUUUUUCGAAAGAUCUUCAAAAGUGGUGAACAGUGCGGCUUUGAAAUCCGAUGCCAGCGGUUCAGAGAAUCAACGAAAUCCUGCUGGAAAACCGAGCUGCCAUGGAAACCCCCGCACGCACGCAUAUGUGCGCCUAGUGGGUAAUUUCCCGAGUCUUUCGUUUUUCGUUUUCCGAGCUGCCUGCUCGAACAGUUGAUAAUCCGCCGUCCGGGCGAAUGCAACGUGUCCUGGCCUCGAACCGGAAAACCGUGUUUUGUGAACUGUGAACCGAGAUAUAUCGUUACCGUAGAUAAACAAAAAGUGUAUAUAUUUAUUAUUGCUCUGGCCAAAGAAUUGUGAAAUAAUCGCAUUCACCGAGUGACUGAGAUCACUCAAACGAAAAUGACUUCCCUCGUGUACACCGUCUUUCACCUGGCCUCGCUGCAGUGUUCCGUGCGUCCGGAGAUCUCGCCCUGCACCUGCGAAACGGGCAAGGCCUGGAACCAUGUGGAGCUCUCCUGCGAGAAACUGGAAUCCUUUAAUGCCGUCGUGGACAGCCUGGCCAAUAAGCUCAAUGCCGACACCAAUAUCGACCUGAAGAUCACGCACUCGCAACUUGACGACCUGGAAAUGCGAUCGUUUACGGAUAUGAACUUCAACUUGUACAAGCUACGGAUGCAGUGGAACAGUCUCAAAUCGCUGCCCGAGGUGCCGUUCCGCGGGUUAUCGAAUGUCACCUACCUAAGCAUCGGCGACAACGACCUCGACGAGAUCCCGAAGCACGCCCUGAGCCACAUGCCGAGCCUUUUGACUCUGGACAUGGGGCGGUGCAAGAUACGGUCGGUGCAGCAGGAGGACUUCCGGGGCAUUCAACGGGUGACGAAUCUGAUCCUUGUGAGCAACAUCAUCACGCGCCUGGACAGAGGUUCCUUUCCCAAGAGUCUGCUCAUCCUGCAUCUGGGUCGAAAUCAACUGGAGUCGCUCAAUGGUUCGCUACACGAUCUGCACAACUUGGAAUCGCUGUUCAUCAAUGCGAAUAACAUCACCACGCUGGAUGACGAGCUACCCGAUGGAGGGCAGCUGCGCCUCCUCAUGGCCCACAAUAAUAGGUUGGAACGUCUACCGGCCAACAUGGCCGGCAUGCACAGCCUGGAAACGGUGCACAUACACUGCAACCAACUGAGAUCCUUCGACCGCGUACUGCGCAAUGCCGUCAAUCUGUCCGAGGUCAUGGCCGAUAACAAUGAGCUGGAGUAUUUGGCCCAGGACGAAUUCGCCUCCUGCUCCAAGGUGGAGACCCUGCAGAUGGGCUGCAACCACAUCAAGUCGCUCAACUCCUCGCUGCUGCCCAUUCUCAAGCUGAAGAACGCCAACUUUUCGUUCAACGACAUCGAAGAGUUCUCCAUGGCGGAACUGCACGGACUGCGUUCGCUGAAGACCCUCCAGCUGUCCAGCAAUCGCAUCCAACGUCUGCUGCCCGAUCCCCGGGGUGUGCAGGAGCUGAUGCUGGUCAACCUGGAUCUGGAUAACAACAGAAUCGAAGCUCUGAAUGGCGCUUUGGCUGGCUUGGGCAAUCUACGGAUACUGAAUUUGGCUGGAAACCGAUUGGAACACCUCCAGGUGGGAGAUUUCGAUGGCAUGCUUCGCUUGGACAUCCUCGACCUGACCGGCAAUCAGCUGGCGGAGCUCAAGCCCUUGGAAAUGACUUUGCUGCCCAGCCUAAAAAUACUUAAGGUUGCCUACAACAACAUCACCAAACUGGAACAGGACUUCAAGGGACUGCCCGUUCUCUGCCAGGCCAACUUGACCAACAACCAGAUCUCGACUAUAUCGAGCGAACUCGUCACCAACACACGCUGCAAAAACCACAAUGUUCCCGGCAAACUGGAGAUUCAUCUAGAUGACAAUCCCAUAAUGUGUGACGUGGACUUAAACGAGUUGUGUCGAUUGAUGGAACUCCAGGAGGCACGAAUUCGAGGUCGAUCCCAGUGCUUUGAAAAUGACCAGGAGGUGUGCACGGUACUUCCGAUGCUAUACAAUGUGAACCUGCCCAUAACGGUGACCAAUCUGAAGUUGGCAGGCCGCGAGGUUCCAAAGCCGAUGGUGCAGGUGAUCAUGCCAUCGUUGAUCAAGGCCAAUAAUGAGCUAUUACCACCACUGAUUGCCACUCUGCGUAAUCCAGUGCUCAUUAGCACCACAUUGGUCAAUCCGGUGAUAUCGCCACUACCACUAGCACCACCACUUCUGCUGACCACCACUACGCCGCCACCGCCUCUGCCACUUCCUGUGGCGCCAGAAGAGGACAAGAAUGAGACUACCACCGCGAAUCCAGUUGCCACAAACAGCGCACAGGAGACCACGACUACCACAAGUACCACAACGACGACGACAACAACAGAGACCAGUAGUCAGGUGGAUCCCAUCGAGGUGAUCACCACCACAGCACCCACCACGACGACCACCAGCACCACGACACCGAAACCCAAUGAAACGCUGCCCGUGAUAGUGGAACUCCAGGAUCACAAUCCGCCGGACACUCCAGUCAAUCAAACGGAUGUCGGUGUGGCACAGGAUGAGGCAUCUGCCCUGGUACCGCCAGUGGUUCUCGAUCCCCUACAGCAGGACCUGGAAAGGGAGAGGGAGCGCGAGAGGGAGCGAGAACUGGAGCGGGAUCUGGACCACGAGGCGGUGGCCAAGACCGAAUACGAGACGGUCGAGUACAUCCCCAAUCUGGUGCAGCCUCCAGUGGGCAGUGAUGCACUGACGCCGCCGCCGAGCAAGGCGAAUGCGCUGGAGGAGGACUCCGAGUCGAUGCACUCCAACUCCGUGCACGCAGAGUAUCCGCACGCGGCGCAGAGCCUUCAGAUUCCCGAGGAACCGCCGGAGGAGUGAGUCCUUCGCUUGGGGGGGUUCGGCUCCUCGGGGGGAAUCCCCCGAAAAUAACCACAUUAUUUUACUGUAAAUCGCAGACGAAUGGAGGCGGUGGAAUCGAUGGAGAUCGGGCGGAGCAGCAUGCAAACGGCGGAAAGGAGCGAGUUUCGGAUUUGUAUGCCUUAAGUUAACUUAGUUCUUAUGUUUUAUUUAAGCCAUCGCUAAAUCGAACCGUUGUCGAACCAAACGCUUUUUUGUUGAGUUUUUUUCGUCGAUUUAAUGCAAAAUUCGAUACGAUUACUGCGGUUUUUCAAUCCUGAAUUCGGGACAAACGUACGAGGACAGUCUUAUGAUUUAAGCUUAUUUGUUGGGGGCUCAAUUUCGCGUAUGUGUGCUUUGGCGUUGGCAAGCGGAACUCUUUCGCUUUUCAAUUUCACGGAAUUAAAAGGAAUUUCCAAAAAAUGUUGAAAAUAUAUGGAUUAGAGAAAAAUGUAUUCUUCAUUCUGUUAAGUGUCUAGAGCGGAUUCUAAUUUGAUUCAUUGAAACACAUAGAAAUGGGUGAUAUACAUAAGUCGGAUUCCCUUAGUAUGAUCAUUAAAAUAUAAAGUAAAUGGUUUCUAAAUUCAAACAAACCGUGAAAUUAAAAAGCGAAAGCGUGACCGGUAGAAACAGGAAGUUGGCGAUAUCGAAUAUGCAACUGCAUAUGCACAUUAUCUAUAUUUAAUAACUGUAUACACGUAUGAACGUUGAACAUCUACAAGUAGGUACUUAGAGUUAAACAACAGCAACAACAAAUCGCAUCGAGCUAAUGUUAAUAACGAAAAGCACUCACUCACAUACAAACACACAAAACAACACACACACACACAAACACAACCGUAGCGGUGCACAUGCACAAACUGAAAAAAAAAUACGAAUAAAAAAACGAGAAAAAAUAUUGUUAUCAGUUCGUUAACAAAAUGAGAAAAUAGAUUUUAGCGUGUAAUUAUACGAAAAUGAAAAUGGUAUUCUAAAUAAAAUCAUAAAUAAAA